UUGUUAACCGUUUUCUCAUGUCAGUUUCUGUACACAAAGUGACUCUUUAUGUGGCUUUGUGAAAUUUAAAACGGUGCAAAUGCUGUUUUUUAAUGAACCUGGUCUGAACUUAAGAGGGCAGUGUGUGUCAUUUUAUUGGAUGUAUGAAAGAGUGGUAAAUGUUACAGUGCUUCUGCAGUGAGUUUGAAGGCGUGUCUGCCAGUGUGCCCCGUCCCUCUCUUCCCCUGCCCAGAACAUAUUACGCACGGAGGUGACAGCAGUCAGUAGUUGAGGUGCGGUAAUGGCAAGUAACUUCCGUCGUCUCCCGCAAGUGGGUAGUAUACGAAUAGUUAUUUCUUAAAACAUUUGAAAAUCUAACAAAGCUACAAGAACGACAACCAAUCACAGGCUGUUGUUAUACAGGGUACAGUUGCAGGCACCGGGUGAAACACGUGGCAUUUUGUAUUCGCUGGGAAACCAAUGCAAUUCGGUUCUAACAGAACAUCGUCGAGCUAGCUCUCGUCUCUUCUUUUGGGACACUAAACCCAUUUAUUUAUAGUGCCAACGACCGCCUACCAACACCUACAACAUUAACUCUCCGGGGACCUAGGAGGACUUGAAAACAGGAAUAUUCCAUAGCCUAAUUCUUUCUUAAAAUGAAGUCAACGGCGACAAUUGCGCUCUGCGCACUACUGGUCCUUGCCUACUGUUCGCGCUCGAGAGGUGAUCACCACGCUGCUGCUCUAGGCACAGCACCCCUCCACACCACCAGCACCACCACCACCACCACCACCACCACCUCCCAGUCCUCCACCCCCCACAGAGGAGAUGUAGACGCCAUCCCAGAAACCACUACUGCUGUCGUCCAGAAGCCCUCACUGAACCUCAGCAGCUCGAUGGCUCCUGUUCUCAAGUCCUCGCCAACCAAUGCCAGUGAGACAGAUAAGCAUGUCGCCAAUGCCAGCGCUGAUGCCAGCAGCAACAGCAACAGCACCAGCACCAAUGUCACCCACCCAGCUCUCGCCCCUCCACUGACUACCAACCAGACUGGCACCCUGGCACCUGCUCCCACGGUGACAGAUGGCCCAGCUGUCACCACAGCCGGCGUCGGGACCGAUGCACCGUCCCAAACAGGAAGUGCCGCCGUCGCCCUGGGAAAUCAAACACAGCCAUCCAAGGGAACCGACUUGUUACCCGAGGACAACCGUACCCUCUCCACCUCUCCACCCACCAAGGCAGCCCCUGCCACCGCAGGCCCACCGGCCACCACCCAGCUCCCCAGAGCAGAGACUCCACCCUCCAUCACAACCACAACCCCACCCACUCCUGCUGCUCCCAUCGUCCCCCAGAGCAGCCCAGUUCCCGGGCAUAAGAAGCCCACGAGUAGUAGCAGCAUCAGCAGCAGUACAACCACCAUCACCGCUAAGGCUUCUUCUACCACCCCCACCACCACCACCUCCACCAUAGCUACAUCAACAACCACAACCAGCCCAGCAACAGCACCAGGCCACGUAACCACCAGCACCCUCGCCCGGGCAGCCAUUUCAGAGCUCAACGUAGGAGAUGAUGACAACAAAGGAGGCCCUGAUCCAUUGCUCGCUGGCCUGGUGUCUGUUUUUGUUGUCGCCGCGGCCAUUGUCUCCCUCCUGGUGUUCCUGAAGUUCCGUCAUCGGAAUGAGCGCCCAGAGUUCCGCAGGCUCCAGGAUCUUCCCAUGGAUGACAUGAUGGAGGAUACGCCCCUCUCCAUGUACAGCUACUGACGGAGCCCUACCUCUCACCUAGUCAAGACUCUCCCUGAUACUCCCCUCUCCAUGUACAGCUACUGAUGGAGCCCUACCUCUCACCUAGUCAAGACUCUCACGCAGGCUCCCGUCGAGCCGUUCCCUUUUACCCAACAUUCCCUGCUUUAGAAAACAAAAAUACCACCCUCCCAAUCCCCCCCAAAAAUCAGCUUUUAGUAUGUGUUACUAUGUUCAGCCAGCAGGGACACUAGUGAGCAGCGCUGCAAGGCGGCACCUCCGCCUCCCUCUCUGCCCCGUCUACGUAGCCCAGGCGCAUGCCCUCCUAAACAAGCGUGCUGUUCACGCAACAGGCCUGGAAGGGAACCGGCUUGAAACGUGGCCACAGACUUUGUGCAGCCGAAUCCUGACCUUCAAUCAGUGUUCUAGCGCCCCCUGCAGUUGGGAGGCUGGCUGUUUUCCCCCCCAGCUCUCUAGAGUCCCUGGCAGCCCUGUCUCUCUAUAAUUGACUGCUACUGGAGCAGUGACUUGCUGGCUUAAGGGACUUUUCUUUCUGGAAGUUAUGUUUUUUCCAGAUAUUUUGAUGAUGAAGAGAAAAAUGUCUGUUACACCAAAAACUCGUCACCGCAGGACGAUGUUUUUGUGGAAUACCAGGAGACCAAAGUCUGCGUGCAGGAUGGCAGAUGGCGGCCGGCUCAGAUUCUGUCCAGCUACCUACAGUGUUGCCAAACAGUGUGUGUUUAAACUACACAACCCACAAUUCCUCAGUGUGAUCCAAGAACACAGGAACGAAUCAAGUAAUUCUAGGUUGUUUUGAGCCAGGUUGGUUAUCAGUAGAAAGAGUGUAACCAGUACAUGUGCAAAACUUGGAUAUAGCAAAACCUCUUCAAUCAGGAAAAAGAAUUUCAGAAUAUUGCCAUAAGUCAUUAGUGAAAUCAAACCAAAGGAGAUUUGUGCCUUUCACACUGGUUCUUUGAGACAGAUAAGUAAUGAACCUGUAGCUACAAAAUGGAAAUGUUUUCCAUCGUUGCUGCUGGCAUGGUAGUUUGAGCAGAGUGCACAGUGUUGGUCAUAUGCCAAAUACCCAGUCAAUGAUUUUGUCUACGACAAAGAUUUUCCCAAGGAAGUAUAACAUUGACCAGGUCUGGCGGGUUUUACUCAAGGAGGAUCAGCAGGUAGCUGAGUACUUUCUGGUUGUAAUGGAAAGACACUGGGUUGUGUGUGACAACUCAUGUUGGAAGCAGUUCCUCUUUCUUGGUUCAGUUAUUUGACAGGUUAGUGUUUUUGUUUGUCAUUUUAAUUUACCAGAGCAUUCAGUGCUUAUUUAAAAAAUAUAUAUAUAUUUCUUAACCUAGGAUGCAGCAAACCUUUCCCAACUUACAAGCCUGAAACCGUAAUCUUUUUCAUUCUACAGAUAAGUACUACCAAGGCCAUAUAUCAUUAAAUCACCUCCCUUGCAGUUGGAAGGUUCAUGUCUCCACCAGUACAUCAGCUCAGAUGUGUCUGGGGUGUGUUGUUACAUGCCUUCCCAAGCUGCCAGAGGAAUCCACAGUAUUAGGCAUUACUUCUGCUGUCUGUCAUUUGGUCAGAGAUAGAACAUGUAGCCACAGACUAGCAACCUCCAAAUCCCUACUGUACAUUUUGUUCCCACAUGUGAAGAUGAACACUUCACUGGACAGUCAUUUGGCCUCACUUAGGCCAGCGGUCAGAAAAAUGGAUCCAUGAAUCGAUGAUGGUGUACAGUUGUUCAUGAAAAUUAAGUGUGGUUCAAGUGAUGAGGCCAUGGAAAAAGAACAGUCAGCUUUACAAAACAGUUUAUUAAUCCAGACUGUAAACUAACACUGUUAAACAGGUUAACCUGGCACAAUGUACAGUGUUGCUGACAAACUAACUAGCCGUUUAAUGUCCAGUCUGUGUCGAUGCACAUCGGAGCAACUCUCCCACACAAUGCUACACUUCUCAGCUGUUUAUUUCUAAGUCCUUCUCCUGGCUCUCUGAACUCGACUGUAAAGCCAUGUUCUUACUGUUUGGUUUGCUAUCAAAAUCCAGGAAUUCCAACAACAAAGAUAUUUAAAUAGCAAAAUCUCCUCUUGAGCACUGCCUCUUUGUGUUCAUUGAUGGUUCAAUAAUGACUGGUAAAUAAUUUAGAAGGCUGCAUAUGAUUUUAUGUUGAUGUUGGUAAUUGGAUCCUAAAAUGUGUAAAGCCAGUUGUGUUAUCUUUGUAGAUUGCAGCUCCAGAUUAAAAAAGUGCCAAAUUGUGUUCUGUAUUUUGAGGUUUUGCUGUAGAAUACAGGAAUGUCUGUUAUUUGUGACUUUUUUUUAUUAUUAAAAAAAGACAAAAAAAAUAA